AUGGAAAACAUGUGGAAAGAGCCAGGCAAAAACAUUACGGCCAAGUUCUACCAGCACAUCCUUGCUCUGGUUUUUGCCAUUGAUGAAAUCAAUGAGAAUCCGUGGAUAUUGCCCAAUGUCACCCUUGGCUUCCACAUCUAUGACAGCUAUACUGAUUCAAGGAAGACUUACCGCACCACUCUGGACCUCCUCUUUAAAUCAAGUCAGUUUUUCCCUAACUACAAAUGUGGUGUUCAGGAAAAUGUAAUAGGAGUAAUUGGGGGACUUAGUUCUGACACCUCGUCAUGCAUGGCAGACAUCUUGAGUCUUUACAAGAUUCCACAGAUUUCAUAUGGCUCAUUUGAACCAGCAACGAAUGAUCAAAACAAGUUCCAUUCCUUUUACCGCAUGGUUCCCAGUGAAGCUCUCCAGUACCGGGGAAUUGUCCAGUUACUUCUGCACUUCAAAUGGAAAUGGGUUGGGCUGUAUGCGAUAGCUAAUGAAGGUGGGGAACGAUUCUUGGAGACCAUGGAGCCUAUGCUUUUCGAGAAUGGGAUCUGUUCAGCAUUCACAGAAAGAGCUCAAACACAUAUGCACUUCUCUGAUAACAUAGAAGAAAUGGUCACUUACAUAAAGGGUAUUUUUCCAACUUUCAUGCUGAGCAACGCCAAUGCCAUUGUUGUAUAUGGAGAAAGUGGAACUAUUACAUGGUUAGGAGGGUUUAUAGGGGGAAUCAAGUUGCACCAAAUGCUGUUUCCUCAAAAUAAGAAGAUGCUCUCUACAGCAAAAGUGUGGAUUACAACAGCCCAAAUUGAUUUCACAUUAUAUAGCUUUCAGACAAUUACUAACAUGGAUAGACAAAUGUUCCAUGGGGCCAUCUCCUUCACAAUUCGUUCAAAGGAAAUUCAGGACUUCCGAGAAUUUCUUCAGAUUCUCCACUCAUUCCUGCAGAGAAUCUCAUUCAACAACAGUGCUGGAGAUGCAAUUACCCUGGAUGAACAUGGAGAAUUAGCAUCCGGAUUUGAUAUUACAAACUUGGUGACGUUCCAAAAUCAAUCUUACAUCAGAGUUAAAGUAGGGAGGCUUGAUCCUCUUGGGAAAGACCUCACCAUUGAUAAUGACAGAAUUGAAUGGCACAGAGACUUAACUCAGAUGAAGAAACUUGUUGUGGUGACCAAGUUCUACCAGCACAUCCUGGCCUUGGUGUUUGCGAUUGAUGAGAUCAAUGAGAAUCCCAACAUCUUGCCCAAUAUCACUCUUGGGUUCCGUAUCUAUGACAGCUACUCCCAUUCAAGGUUGACGUACCGGACAGUUCUGGAUCUGCUCUUUAAAUCACAUCAUUUCAUCCCCAACUACAAAUGUGGCACCCAGGAAAAUGUAAUAGGAGUCAUUGGGGGACUUAGCUCUGAUACUUCUUUAUGCAUGGCAAACAUCUUGGGGCUUUACAAGAUCCCACAGAUUUCCUAUGGCUCAUUUGAACUAUCAGUCAAUGAUCAAUUGAAGUUCUCUCCCUUUUACCGCAUGGUCCCCAAUGACAGUCUUCAGUAUAAAGGAAUUAUCCAGCUACUUGUGUAUUUCAAAUGGACAUGGCUCCACUCAUCCCUUCGUAUAAUUUCUUUCAACAACAGUGCUGGAGAAGAAAUUACUUUUAAUGAACAUGGAGAAAUCGCAGCUGGCUUUGAUAUUACGAACCUGGUCACAUUCCCAAAUAUGUCCUACGUCAGGGUCAAAGUGGGAAAGCUGGAUCCUCAGGCUCCUCCUGGCAAAGAGCUCACCAUUAAUGAAGACAAAAUCAAAUGGCACAAAGGCUUCACUCAGCUCCACUCAUCCCUUCGUAUAAUUUCUUUCAACAACAGUGCUGGAGAAGAAAUUACUUUUAAUGAACAUGGAGAAAUCGCAGCUGGCUUUGAUAUUACGAACCUGGUCACAUUCCCAAAUAUGUCCUACGUCAGGGUCAAAGUGGGAAAGCUGGAUCCUCAGGCUCCUCCUGGCAAAGAGCUCACCAUUAAUGAAGACAAAAUCAAAUGGCACAAAGGCUUCACUCAGGUGCCACCCCUUUGCAUGUGUAAUGAAAUGUGCCAACCUGGAUAUGGGAAGAAAAAGAAGGAGGGAGAGAAGUUCUGCUGUUAUGAUUGUGUUCCAUGUCCUGACGGGAUGUUCUCAAAUGAGGAGGGUUUGGAAACUUGUGUCACCUGUCCAGGAGAUCAAUAUCCAAGCAAAGAGAAGGAUCAAUGCAAUCUUAAGACACAAAACUUCCUAGCUUUUGAUGACAAUUUGGGCAUUGUUUUAACUUUCUCUGUACUAUUUCUCUCUCUGAUCACGGUUCUGGUGCUGGGCAUCUUCAUUAAGCACCAGGAUACAGCCAUAGUCAAAGCCAACAACAGAAGCCUCACCUACAUUCUCCUCACUUCCCUCCUCUUCUGCUUCCUCUGUGCCUUGAUGUUCAUUGGAAAACCUAACAAGGUGACUUGUCUUCUCCGACAAACUGCUUUUGGCAUCAUCUUCACUGUGUCCCUCUCUUGCAUCUUGGCCAAAACGAUUUCUGUGGUUUUAGCAUUCAUGGCCACCAAACCAGGAUCCAGGAUGAGAAAAUGGUUAGGGAAAGGAUUAUCUUAUUCCAUUGUCCUUUUUUGCUCCAGUAUUCAAGUGGGCAUCUGUGUUUUAUGGCUUGCAACUUCUUCUCCAUUUCCAGAUUUGGACAUGAGCUCAUUGACUGAUGAAAUAGUUGUGCUCUGUAACGAAGGAUCAGCCAUCAUGUUUUAUUGUGUUUUGAGUUACAUGGGCUUCCUGGCCAUUGUCAGCUUCAGUGUGGCCUUCCUAGCCAGGAAGUUGCCAGACAGUUUCAAUGAAGCCAAGUUCAUCACCUUCAGUAUGUUGGUCUUUUGCAGUGUUUGGUUGACCUUUGUUCCAACUUAUCUGAGCACAAGAGGAAAAUACAUGGUAGCUGUUGAGAUCUUCUCCAUCUUGACCUCCAGUGCUGGACUACUAAAUUGCAUCUUUCUCCCUAAAUGUUACAUUAUUCUGAUGAGGCCUGAGUUGAACACUAGAGAACAACUAAUACGAAAAAAGAUAUAA